UGCCAGUGCUGGUCGCAAGAAUCCCGGGAUGGCGGUCCGACUUUUCUUGAUCGAGACGUGACGAGGAGGAAGAAGACGAAGCACCAGCGACAGGCGCAGGUCUCAUGCCAAUGGUCUCAUUGGGUCCCCCAUUUUGUUUUGUCUCUGGCGUUUGGACUCACAUCUUAUUGCAGGGGCCGUCCUGUCCAGGCAAAAUGUGAUGAGUAGGAAUGUCUGGAGCAGAGCAAGGGACAAGUUCUGGGUGUUCUUGUAAUUGAAUCUACGACAGGAUCCUGCAACCCGUUAGUAGAAAGACGCUGUCCUUCGUAGCGAGGCCAUAGCAACAAGGUUCUUGGCUACAGGCCUGUGCGCACCUGAGGCCCUGAAUUAGCGGCCAAAUGGCACUACAGGUGCAAGUCUUGAACGACGUAUCCCCAAAGGAAGUUGCCAUGCUUGUCCAACAAGAACUCACAGCCACAGUGCUUGAUUCAACCUCGAGCAUUGAAGUUCACAUGAUGCAAAUUUUGGUUUAGACUACUUUUUUGCCCCCACUCACUAGGGCCACAAAAUCUUACUUGGGUGUAUUGAUUCAACACUCCAACAAGAGCAGGCACGGUAGUUCUCGAAAGAGUCUGGGGCAAGCAGCACAGAUAGAGACGCGCUGGCUGCCAGACGAGGCCCCCAGAUGGACCCCGGCCCUGCCCAAGAGGCAAUGGACGCAGCCGAAACCGGCCACCGCAGCUCUCCUCGGCAUUGGCCCCCCGCAAAUAGCCUCUCCUCUGCAUUCCUUUCGGGGUGGCGGCAGGGCCAGGCCCCUGUCUCCAACAUGCUCUUCCGCUGGAUGCAUACAAGAACCAUGCCAACUCAAGAAGAGAGCAGAGCCGGCCAUGACCAAGCGGGGGCUGGGACGUCUCAAGGCCUGGCGGAAGGGGAUGUGGCCAUUGAGAUUGGGGAGCGUGAGGUGGACGCGCAAACGACUCCCGUGAGCGCGGUUCGGCAGAGCGAGACACCGACGCACGGUGCACCGCACGCAGCGUCGAGUCCCCUGCUGACGCCGCAGAGGCUGGGACGGUUGAACAGCUCGGGGAGUGUCGUUGAGCUGUCGCAACCGGCCAGUGCGCGGAGCAGCAGAGCGGAUGAUAGGGAUGGGGGGGAGAGCAUGGGGGGCGGGGGGGCGGGGAGAGACGCGGGGCCGGCGAGGUAUGAUCUGCAGCAGGCGGCGCGAUGGUUGGAGCAGGCGCUGCCCUUCAUUCUGCUGCUCAUCAUGGUGUUUAUUCGUGAGCAUAUGCAAGGUUUCUUGAUGGUUGUUUGGAUCACUGGCUUGAUGAUGAAGGCGAAUGAGAUUAUCCGGAGAGAGACGGCUUUGAAGACUGAGAAGCGCAGCCUGCUUCUGCUGGGCCUGGCGGCGGUGCUUGCGCUGCACAUUGCGGCGGUGUACUGGUGGUACCGCAAUGACGAGCUGUGGCGGCCGCUCGCGCUGCUGCCGCUGCUCAAGAUCCCGGGGUUCUGGCAAGCGGCCUGGAUCAUCGUGGUCAACGACACUCUGGUGCGAUACUUCGCGAUGAUCAUCAAGGCGUGCCUGCUGGCCGGCCAAAAGCACGCCAGGGGGCGGCCGUUCCGAAAACAGGCCCAACUUUUGACCUUGGUGGAGUACACUUCGCUCCUGUACCGAGCGCUCAUCCCCGCCCCUGUAUGGUACCGGUUCUUCUUGAACGAGACGUACGGCCACCUGUUCUCGAGCCUUACCACGGGCCUGUACCUCACCUUCAAGCUCACGGCGACUUUCGACAAGGUGUGCUCGUUCAUUUCGGCUGCGCGGACCGUCGCCCGGAGAGAGGUGCAGUACGGCCAGGUGGCAACUUCUGAAGAGGUGCUGGCGGCAGGGGACCUGUGCGCCAUCUGCCAGGAGAAGAUGCAGUCGCCCAUCUCGCUCCGGUGUCACCACGUGUUUUGCGAAGACUGCGUGGCAGAGUGGUUUGAGCGCGAGCGCACGUGCCCACUUUGCCGAGCAGUCGUCAAGUCAGCUGGCUUGCGCUCCUUCGGAGAUGGUACAACCACGCUUUUGGCCCAGCUGUUCUGAAAUUCGGCGAGUUUUGCUGGGAAUGAGCUAAAAAGAGUCUGGAGGAGUGUUGACCGCAUGUCUGCCAAGAAACAAGGACUUGGCUUUUUAUUGGCGAACGUUCCUUAAACAGGGUUGGCUCUUGGAGCAGCUGGCUCCAAGGUCCUACCGUUGCUUUCUUGCAUGCAGUACCUAGUUCCUCCACUGCGCCAACUGGUCCACCAGUAUCAUGCGCAACGUUUUGAGAACGAUCGAAGUCACUCUAUCAGGACGGUCGACCUGUUGCUGAGUUGAACAUGUGGUGCUGCAAUGUAGGUGUUUGAACGGCUAAUGAUAGUCAUGCAGCGAGACAGCCCUUGGCGCGGAUGACUGGCUAGGCACUUAACCACAUGCAUAGGCUGGUGGCUAGCGUUCAUGUGGCCGGCGGUA